ACCGAGCGCGGGGUUAACGUUACUUGUCUAAAAUGCCUUAUAUUUAUUUAGUUAAAUUUACAAUGCUAGAUUAAAUAAACGUUAUGUGGUCACGCGAAAACACAUUUACAUGCAGAUGGACCUGAUUUUACCCCUAAAUAGAGGUUAACUAAUUGUAUUUUAGCUUUAAAAUGUUGAUGUCGAUUCUGAGGGUAACAGGAGGAACUGAAGGCGGAGUUAGCAAACUUUAACGGAGGAAUGUUCGCUUUAUACCUCCUACCAAGAGGGAGGAACCGUUAGACCCGCACCUGCAGCGGAUCUGUCUGCGCGUUGUCUUCUGAUGAACGCGCUUUUGUUAUGGUGCUGACAGACGCGUCCGGUUCGGUUCCCGUGAGCUUGUUUUGUGGUCUUGUAUGAUGUCAGAAAGCUCUUGUGUGUCCGGGACCCCUCAGCGCCUGAUGCCUCUGGCCCUCAGGGGAGAAUGGACGGCACUGGAACAGAAACUCAAGACGCUGGAGAAGGGAGAUCCGGAGAUCUUCCACACCGACGAGGAGUCUGGAUUGAGCCUCCUGAUGAUCGCGGUGCGAGACAGCCGUCUAUCUAUCCUUGAAAGAUUGCUGGAACUGGGGGUCAAUCCAAAUGACAAAACAAAGGAUGGCAGAUCAGCGUUACACAUCGCUGCAGCUCACUCCAAAGAAGAUAUCGUCAAACUACUGGCCAGAAAAACUGAUCCCAAUUUACCAGCAGGGCCCAAUGAUCAGUUGCCCCUGCACUAUGCAGUUUCUCGACCGACCGGAGGACUUGGAGUCGUGCAGACUCUGCUCAAGUUCAGCAGCAAAGAUGCUCGUCUUAUACCAGACAAGGAUGGCUGUCUUCCACUGCUGCUUGCUGUCGAAGCUGGGAAUGUUGUGAUUGUUCGGGAACUCCUCUCCGGCCAAUCCGAGUCACAGCUCAGAGCCAUGAAGGCAGCGAAUGGCGACACGGCACUUCACAUCUGCUGCAGACAGAAAGAUGUUGAGAUGGCCAAAGUCCUGGUGGAUUUUGGGGCGAAUCCGGAUUCUCAGAAUAAUGAAUGGCAGACUCCUCUGCACAUAACACACAAAGAAAGAAAAUAUAAAAUACAAAACAUUAUAAACCAACACAAGACAAAACCCCAAAUACGGCCCGAUAUGGACAGAUCUCCUCUCCACAUCGCCGCAGAGCAGGGACACACCAGUGCAGUCGAGAUCCUCACCGAGAAGUUCAGGUCAUGUGUGUUAGCAAGAACAAAGGAUGGCAGCACACUUUUGCAUAUCGCAUCUCAGUGUGGUCACCCUGCAACCGCUCUCACGUUACUGAAGAAAGGCGUCUUGCUGCACAUGCCCAACAAGUCCGGAGCGGUUUGUCUUCACGCCGCGGCCAAGAGAGGACACACGGCUGUAGUGAAAGCUCUGCUCCAGAAGGGGGCACAUGUGGACGCCACGUCUAAAGACGGACAGACAGCGCUUCACAUCGCGGUGGAGAACUGCAAGCCGCAGGUGGUGCAGUUGUUGCUGGGUUUCGGAGCAAAUGUGCAGCUCAGAGGAGGAAAGGCGCAGGAAACCCCUCUGCACAUCGCAGCCAGAGUGAAGGAAGGUGAACGUGUGGCUGAAAUGCUUCUGAAGAGCGGAGCCGAUGUGAACGCAGAGCAGCAGAACGGAGAGACCGCUAUGCAUGUAGCCGUGCGUCACGGUGCUCUGGAGAUGAUACGAGCGCUGAUCCAGGAGGGCGGAGACGUGACCUGGAAAUCUAAGGUUGGUGAAAACCCGCUCCACAUUGCGGUGCGUCACUGUCACGCUUACGUGGUGGAGGAGGUUUUAAACUCUCUGACCAAUGAGAGAAGCCGUCAGGAGGCGGAGCUCUGUGUGCGUGAAGGGAACCAGAAGGGCGAGACGCCGCUGCACCUGGCAGCUGAGCUCAAGAGUGACGCGGUGCAUCAGCCGGACGAGGACACCUGCAUCAUCAAGAUCCUGAUGGAGCAUCACGCUGACGUCACUGCCGUCACCCGACAGAGCAGAGAGACACCUCUUCAUUACAGCAACGGCUGGUCACCGCUGCUGUUGGCUGCAGAGCAGGGUCACACAGAGGUCGUGAAGAUCCUGCUGCAGAACAAUGCCAGAGUGGACGUGUUUGAUGAGGAAGGGAAAGCCGCCAUUCAUCUGGCUGCAGAACAAGGUCAUGAAGACAUCGUUGACAUCUUGCUGGCCCACAAGGCCUUUGUGAACACCAAGACCAAACUGGGCCUGACGCCUCUGCACCUCAGCGCUCAAAACGGCUCGGCGCAGCUCGUCAAGUUACUGGUGGAGACCCAUCAGGCCAGUGUUGAUGCUCUCUCUCUGAGAAAGCAGACGCCUCUUCAUCUGGCAGCCAUCAGCGGACAGCUGGACGUUUGCAGCAGCCUGUUAAACCUGAAAGCUGACAUCACUGCUACAGAUAUUCGCGGUCAGACUCCUCUUCAUCUUGCGGCGGAGAACGAUCACUCAGAGGUGGUGAAGCUGUUUCUGAGGCACCGGCCUAAAUUAGCCAAGCUAGCUAACAUGGAGGAAGCGACCUGCACACACAUCGCUGCGGCUAAAGGCAGUGUGGCCGUCAUUAAAGAGCUGCUCCUGUUUACUCAAGGACCGGUCACACUCAACACCAAGGCUAAAGGUUUGUGUCCGCUGCAUUUGGCUGCUGCUGGCGGUCACACGGAGUUAGUGAAAGUUGCCGAGGGCAUGACGGCCAUACAUUUGGCUGCCAAGAAUGGACACACUCAUAUUCUGGAGGUGCUGAAAGACAGCGUUUCACUGAAUAUCCAGAGCUCCAAGACGGGUUUAACGGCUCUGCACGUGGCAGCCUGUUUCGGACAGGUGGACUUUGUGAGAGAGAUCCUGACUAAAGUACCAGCUACAAUACCAACAGAAUCAAAGAUGACGAGCGGAGACAUGAAGCGACAACAGCUGUUAGCUGAGUCAGGUUACACUCCUCUGCACCUGGCGGCUCAGUCCGGUCAUGAAAACAUGGUUCGCCUGUUGCUGAAUUCUCCUGGGGUUCAGGCCGAUGCAGAAACAAACAUUCAGGGCUCCAGUCCUCUGCACCUGGCGGCUCAGAGCGGACACACGGCUGUGGUUGGGCUGCUGCUCAGCCGCUCAGGAACUCUGCUGCACCUGACCGACAAACGCGGAUGCACCUGUCUGCAUCUGGCCGCCGCACACGGACACGUGGCCAUGGUGAGAGUCCUGCUGGGACAGGGAGCGGAGAUCAACCACACAGACACGAGUGGCUGGACAGCGCUGCAUUACGCGGCUAAAGCCGGCUGUCUGGAGGCGGUGUCGUUCCUGGUGGAGAGCGGAGCGUCGCCGUGUGUCGAAUGUCAUGCCGGAUGGACGCCGCUGCAGUACGCCGCUCAGGAGAACCACGAGAAAACAGUCAUCUUCCUGCUCAGACAAGAGAAGAACACACUCCGACUGCUGGACGACAAGAAGUUUGUGUUCAAUCUGAUGGUGUGCGGCCGGAUGAAUGAUAAUGUGGCUCUGGAGGAGUUGGUUCUUCAUUCUCCGGCUCCUCUGGACACAUGCGUCCGUCUGUCGCGAGCUCUGACUCUGGCCGCUCUCAGAGAGAAGGAGCGCUCCAUCGACCUGCACGCCGCCGCGCGACACUGUGAGCUCAUGGCCUCUGACCUCCUGACCCUCGCCGCCUCAGCCGGGGGUCACGGCGCAGGUCUGAUCCUCAGUUCUGUGGACCACCGGGGUGCCAGCAUGCUGGACUGCUUGAUCGAGGGCCAGCAGAAGGCCGUGGUGUCCCAUCCGGCGGUGCAGAUGUACCUGACAGACGUGUGGCACGGAAACCUGCAGUGGAAUUCAUGGAAGAUCCUGCUGCUGUUCUUCUGUUUGCUGCUCUUCCCUCCACUGUGGGUGGCGCUCUCACUGCCACACAGACACAGCUUCAACACCAUCCCAAUCAUGAAAUUAACGAGUCACCUGGUGUCGCACAUCUUCCUUCUGGCCCUGUUCAUCCUGACGAUUGUGUAUCCUCCCGUGAGUCCUCUGUCCGAGGGCCGUCUGGUGCCUGGCUGGUCUGAGUGUCUGUUGCUGAUCUGGCUCUGUGGGAUGCUGGUAUCCGAGCUGACGUUUCCAGGUGAGCGCACCGGAUUAGCGUGGAUUCGUCUUCUUCUCCUGGGCUUCUCCGGCGCAGCUCUGCUGUGCCACCUGCUGGCGGUCUUCACCCAAUGGUGGCCGCCGUCGCACCUGCACUGCCUGUUCGCCCGAAACGUCCUGCUGGCCGUGGCGAUGAUGCUGGCGUUCAUCCAGCUGCUGGAGUUCCUCACUUUCCAUCACUUAUUCGGCCCGUGGGCCAUAAUCAUCCGAGACCUGAUGAAGGAUCUGUGUCGGUUCGCUGUGAUCCUCAUAUUGUUCCACACUGCCUUCACACUGAGUCUCACCGCUUUGUGUCAGCCGCUGUAUCCUCAAGAUUGGGACAACAGCACUGGUAAUGUGACCGUUCCGGAUCCUUUAAACAUGUCUGUGCUGCUCUUCUUCGCCUUGUUUGGUUUAACCGAACCGGAUAAAAUUCCCGACUUUGAGCGCUCGCCUCCCGCCACGGCCGUUUUGGCUAAAAUGGUAUUUGGUGUGUAUCUGGUGGUGACGUCCAUAGUGUUGAUCAACCUGCUCAUCGCCAUGAUGAGCGACACGUACCAGCGCAUCCAGGCUCAGUCCGACACAGAGUGGAAAUUCGGCCGCGCCGUUCUGAUCCGCGAUAUGAGCCGCAAGUCUGGAGUUCCGUCUCCGUUCAACCUGUUCACCAACCUGUUCUACUCCAUCAAGGUUCUCUGCAAACGUGCAGGGAAGAUCUGCUCUGUGGAGUGUCAUAAUGUGAUGAAUGAGAAUGAAGACACUGAAGGUUUGACAGGCUCUCGUUCUCUAGAGCUGCUGGCUCAAACAUCUGUCAGAGGAAACAAGAGGACGCAGAUCCUUCCCGAGGGCGGUCAGGUGGUGAUGUCCAUGUCUGGAGAACAGGUGCGUGUGGAGAAUGUUGUGGAUUGGCCAUCUGUGGUCCAGCAGUUUUUAGCCCAGCGCAGACAGAGGGACAGAUCACAGCUGGAGAGAGAUGAAUGAAUGACCGACGGUUUCACCAUGACAGAUGAAUUUGCACUGCCUAUGAACAUCAGUCCACCCAUCUGAGCCCACAUCACUUCGACUUACUGUUUAAUUAACACAGUUAGCUUUAGCGCAUCACAGCAUGUUCCUUUAUCUGAUAUUCACUCCUCACUAGUCACUGUAAUCAGAUGUAGUUUACACUAGGGGUCAAAAGUUUGGGGUCAGUAAGAUUUUUUCAGUGUUUUUGAAAGAAGUCUCUUCUGCUCAACAAGUCAGGAUUUGUUUGAUUAAAAAA